AACGUGCAGGAAGUGCUCGACCAAUAUAAGGAGCCGCGGACUCAACCGUUCAAUUCAAAUGGCAGAUUUUGCACAUCGACGAUCACCCAUGAUGUUGAGCACAUUUGCGUCGGCGUUACUCGCACUGCUGGCCGUGCAGGCGGCCGUUGGUGCUCGUCAGGACGAAGGCAUUUACCUGAGAGUGAAGCCCAAGGACCGCACCUUGCCCCAGGUCAACCAGAAGCUCAGCGCCUCCCAGUUGGCCCGACUGGCCCAGCCCGACCAGCCUAACGACCCAAACGCCAGCCCAAUCGUCCAACCGGAUGUCGCGGGCAAGUCGUCGCUCUCUGGCAUCAGCAAGGAAAUCGUGGGCGGCUCUUUGGCCACCCUCGGACAAUUCCCGUGGCAGACGCUGCUCUACAUUGACAACGCCUGGCUGUGCGGAGGUUCCCUCAUCCUCUCGCAAUGGGUCAUGACGGCUGCCCACUGCACAGGGGCCGCGUAUGACGUGAUCCUGGGCACCAUCAGCCAGAGCACCCUGUCCUCCGGCUACAUGUGGCUCACCUCGACCGUCAACUUCACCCACGAACUGUACGACACCAACACCCUGGCCAAUGACAUCGCCCUCGUCAAGCUUCCCUCAGCAAUCACUUUUACCGCCACCAUCUCACCGGUGAAGUUGCCGUCCAUGACCGACGCUGCAAGGGACUUGACGGGUCUUCUGUUCACCGUCAGCGGCUUUGGCAGGACAGCGGACACCUCUACUUCGAGCCCCGAUCUGAGGUUCACUCAGUUGACGGUCGUUUCAAAUGCGGUUUGCGCUUCUUACUACGGCACUGGAUCUAUCCUUUCUUCCAACAUUUGCACCCAACAAAGUGGCACUUCCACGUGUCAGGGUGACAGUGGCGGACCUCUGGUGUUCAAGGACGCCGGCACCAACAACCUUUGGACGCAGUUCGGCGUGGUGUCGUUUGGCUCUGCGUCAGGGUGUCUGCAAGGGUACUCAGGAUACUCCAGAGUGACCUCCUACCUCGGCUGGAUGUCCACGAAAAUCGGCCAAGAUUUGUCUGGGACGACAACUGUGGGCACGGGAGUGACCAACACCGUGACCUCCACCACGACGCGGCCGACGACCUCAAGUACGAAACCAACGAGUACAACAACCAAGACGACCACCAAGACGACCACCAAGACCACUACCAAACCAACAACUCCUCGGACAACUACCAAGACAACUACAAAAACCACAACCCGCCCCCGCACCACCAAGAAGCCCGUGGGAAAAUAAGCAUGGACCAAUUUCAACAGAUAUAAAAGAAUGUUAUUAUGUACGGAAAAUUCUAAUUGAAUGCGCUAAAUUUGAUAUUUAAUUGGUUGCGAUAAAUAAAUUUAUUUAUAUUUCA